GGGUCAUCUGGUGUGCAUCAUGGCGAGAGUGUCUUAGGACCCAGUAGAAUUCUCUCUGUGAAUGACAGACAAUGCUUUAAAAGGCCGGGCAGAGCCCAGAUGUGACAGCCUGUGCCAUCCACAGUGCGGGAGUCAGCCAGCAGUUGCUGCUGCUGCAGCCUCCCAGCUCCAUUCCAGGUGUGGAGAAUCUAACGGUGCCAUCCGGACAGGCAAUGCCUUCCCUGGGAUUUUGUGCAUCUCAGCAUCCUCCCAGUGCUGAAUGAGAUUCAGGAUGCAAUAGCUGCUCCUGCCUAGGCUCUCUUCUCAGUACAGCAGGAAAGGACUUUGAUUCCACAAACAAAGCAGGUCAUUGUAAAUAGGACAAUAGUCUCUGCUAUUUGCCGAGGUGGUAGUAAAGCAAGGAGGGCAUCACUGCCUUGCUGUCCAGGAAAAACAAAGGCACACUGAAACAUGGAGCAUUGCUAAGGCAGACUUGGUUAGCAUGAAGGAGCCAAUCUGCCCAUUCAGGGAAGUUAUGACGAACUUGCUGACCAGGAGGAGAACACAAUUGGGGCAGCUGCUGCUGGCCACUGAAGAGCCUCCGGGUGCUCUGGAAUUGGGGGUGAAGAACUACCAAAGAUGGUGGCUGUGACAAAGAGUACUCGUAUCCACUGGCAGUUCAUACUGCCAAGAAGGCACUGAUCACUUUGAAAUAGAAUUCAGGGACAAUGCCCAACAGAACUCAGAUUAAUUCUAGCCAGGGACAUGAUAUAUUCUUUUCAAUGGAAGUAUUCCAGUUCCAGGAGGCUAUUGGCAUUUUCUUCAUGGUCAUGCUAAGUGUCAUUGCUUUGGUCGCCAACACAGCAGUCAUGGUUGUUAUCCUCAAGACGCCUUUGCUGAGGAAGUUCAUCUUUGUCUGCCAUCUCUGCCUAGUAGAUCUGUUGUCAGCCAUUUUUGUCAUGCCCCUGGGGAUCAUCUCCAGCUCCACCUGCUUCAACAGAGUGUUAUAUAGCAUUGCUGAAUGCCAGACAUUAAUCUUCCUGAAUGUCUGUUUCAUCAGUGCCUCCAUCCUCACUAUCUCUGUCAUCAGUGUGGAACGGUAUUACUACAUUGUUCAUCCCAUGAGGUAUGAAGUCAAGAUGACAACUGGACUUGGAGUCACUGUUGUGGCAUUCAUUUGGAUUAAGUCCAUCUUGGUUGCUGCUUUGUCACUGGUAGGCUGGCCUCAAGACAAUGGUGCCAGCAGUGCCAGCAAAUGUACUGUUUAUUGGAGCCCUGGAGCCCACAAGAAGAUAUUUGUGAUUAUCUUUAGCAUUCUGUGCUUCAUAUUGCCUACCUUAAUCAUCUUUGCAGUCUAUGGCAGCAUCUACAAAGUGGCUCGGAUUGCUUCCCUGCAGCAUGUUCCUGCCCCAUCCUGGACUGCCACACCCAGACAAAGAUCGGACUCCAUUCACAGCCAAGUCACUAUCAUCACAACCAGGAACGUGCCUCCUAGGCUGUCACCUGAACGUUUGUUUGGUGGGAAUAAAGCUGCCUUGACACUGGUCUUGAUUGUAGGACAGUUCCUCUGUUGCUGGCUGCCUUUCUUUUCCUUCCACCUACAUUGUUCCAUGAACUCUCCCUCUAUGAACCCUGGCUACGGUGAGACUGUUGUGACCUGGCUCGCCUAUUCUUCUUUUGCCAUCAACCCUUUUUUCUAUGGGCUACUAAACCGCCAAAUCAGGGAAGAGUUAGCCAAGCUGGGGCGGCACUGCCUCAAUAAGCCUCUAAGCCAAGAGUUGUGUGUCUCCAGCCCAGAGGGAUCUAUCCAGGAGAACUUCCUACAGUUCCUGCAGAGGACCAGUUGCACAGUGGAGACCCGUUCCAGUUUUAUUAAUUCCAGCCCCCGGAACACUUUGGACCAGACUGCAAUGGGGUUCAGAAUUCCAGGCCAAAUCCCAGAAGAAACUAACUGAGGGAAGGAAAGUGGGUUUAGGCCAUUUUCACAUCUUUUCUCACCUGGCUCCAAGUUAAAAAGAAAAUGAAGAGGCUCCAUGCACUGAAAGAACUGACCAAGCCACCUUUACUGGAGGAGUUGGUAGUUUCUUUUCUUAUAGGUAUGGAAGUAAAUGUAAUGAAAAUU